AUGUCGAUCGAACCGUAUCUUCUACUGUGCAUCAUAUUUCUAAUGUUCAAAGAAGAUUCUACAAAACUAGUUCGGGUGAACGGGGUGCAAGUAGCAAAUAGCCAUUCGAAACGGGUAACUAUUGGAGACCGUUCAAGAGUUAUAUCGAAAAACGAUUCUCACAGCAGAUACCAGAAGCGAAUAUUUAAUAAGACAUUUCUAUCGCAGAUCGUACAGAGCAAACGUGGAGAAACUUUUAAACAACGUGAGGUUAAAGAACAUUUUGAACAAAGCAGACGACACCACGAAUCAAAUGAGUUAAAUCAUUUUCCGAGCCACAUUGAAGAAGAAAUUAGGGAAUUUGAAGAUCCCGCCAGCUAUUGGUCAUUAUUGAACGAAGUCAUGUCCGAAGGGGAACUUUUUGUGGAAAUUGGUGGUUGUAGAACUGCGUACCGAGUGGCCAUGGACUGGAGAAAUCGUCACUCAUCUAUCAUUGCGUUGUUAUUUCGUGUGGAUUCUAUGGAAUGGUGUGUGUCAAAGAGCAAGAAAUAUGGUCUUGAAGGAUUCUUUAUUGCUUCCAUAAUCGAUUCAGUUCAACAAAUUGUCCAAUCACUGUAUUUAGAUAACCAACAUAUCCAUUUACCAACAAAUUUCAAGAAAUUCUUUGUCAAUACUUUUACUAGACAAGCAUCAUCAACCCAACAUGCCCAUAUCUUUGAAAAACGAGUAUUAGAACCAGAAUACAGUUUGUCUUCAAAUCCUAAAUUAAAGACGACAACAGUAUCGAAAAACAAACCAAAUCAAAGUAAUGCUCGUGAAAUUGCAAUGGUAAAUGCUUUCUGGAAUCGAGACGAUGAUGGUAUUCAUGGCAUUGCUAGUCCCACGGUAGAAUUUAAACGAAACGUCUUCCAGAAACCCAUGAAAAUUCAGGAAAAUUUGGUAAAACCAAUAGAAGUUGAAAGAAUAAGCAAUAAAGAUCUUGAGAAACACGGGAAAUCGAAAUUCAAUCUACUGUUUGAUAGCCACAAGGGAAAUAUGGAUGUCUUGAACCAAAGAGGUAUUGCUUCUAAAUAUACAUUAGUUACCACAAAGAAUCAUCGAAUAAGAAAGACAAGUGCGUCUAAAGGACGUUUGGAUCAAAUAAAACGAGUAUUUUCUAACAGUAAUCAGAUAAAUAAUCUUUCAAAACCAGAGAAACGAAAGAUAUUGCAAGUUACAGCCAAAUUAUAUGACGUCCACCAAAGAAAAAGGGAAAACUUUUAUAAAAUACGCAAUAAACCAAGGAAAUUAAGUGCUGAACGAAAUACAUUCAACGAACUCAGGGCAUUGCGUACAGAUAACUCAAAACGACUACAUAAGUCAAAUGCUAAGAUAUCGAAAGAUGCUAAACAAAUAAAAACAGUCAAUAGUCGCAGAAAGACUAUAAUCCCAAAAGAAGUUUCUAAACAAUCCAGAAGUGUUUUUCAAACUGAUACAGGGAACAUUUACGACACGAUCGUAACAGAAGAGAAACGGUUUGACAGACUCUGGAAAACAAUCCAACAUCUUUUCCCUUCUGAAUGGAAUGCUGGGAAAUCCGGCUUCACAAUGCUAACAUUUGGCUCUCUUCACAUGACAUUCUUUGCUGCCAAAAUUGGUUUAUUGUACCCCCAGUCUGUCAUAGUAAAUGUAGUAUUACAGAAACACGCUAUUGCCAUGGAAUCUUACAGGAAUGUGUUGACGACUAACGUGAUGACGGCAGUCAAUGAUGUUGAUGCUGAUGUUGUUGCUACUCUUUACAGUAAGGCAAGCCUAUUCAAAUUUCAGGUUUUAGACCAACAUAUCUUCAGUAAUGUUCUGCCUUUGAAAGAGCGAUUUGUGAACCAUCUCGGACAAUUGUUGAGUUUGGCUGAAGUUAGUGUCUUAGAACUGCCUCCAUUUGACCAUUUCAUUGAAGUCUCAUACCUUUUUGGAAUUGACAUGUUCAAGGUACAUUCACAGAAAUAUUGGAUAAAGAGUUUCAUCAACAGAGCUGUAACAUCAGUAAAUGGUAUUGUACAGGAAAUAGUCAUUCUAAAAACAGACAACUUCAGACAACCUACUGUCCUACUGGUUAAAAUGGAAUAUCUUCAACGUGAAGUUAAUUUUUACUGCAACCAAUCAAAAACAGUUUUCACUUUCAAUCGACUCAUUUUUCCACUGCCAUAUCUACAUAUUGGGAAUGAUAAGAAGUUCCAAGCAAGCAACAGAAUAGGACUGCCUGUUUUGUUGUCACUGAAUUUAAAAGAGUAUGAAAGGAAACGUCUGUUGAAAAACUAUUUGUCCCUCUCUGUUCAACCUAAUAUGUGCCCUUCAUAUAUAGAGUGGGACUACAAAGGGUUAACUUAUUGCUCCUGGAAUAAAGAAAAUAUUAAUUAUAACAAGCUUUUCUACAAUGAACUUUCAGAUAUAAAGUCCACAGCAGAAGUACUUGCCAAAGAAACCAAACUUUCAACAGAUUUCUCUUUCAUGGAGUACAACUCAAAAGGCAAAAUUAUUACAGAAUUGGCAACUAUCUAUAAAAACAGUACAUUUAUUGCAAUGGUGCAAGACAAUGUUACGGCAGAUAACAUUUACAAAAUCUCUGAGAGUAAAUUCCUUGACAAUCUGGCAAUCACAGUUAAUCGAUUUGAUAAUAUUUAUAUUUGGAAACUUCUGAAGAGUCCAGAGUUCCUUCGAUUCCAGUAUAUUGGUUAUGAGUCUUUCUUGAAUCUGGUUGACUCUUACUCAAAACAACAACUGAAUUCCAUGCUAAACAUAAUGGUAUCUCUCAGCAUUUCAACAUUCAUUCUUCAGCCAUCUGCAAAGAUCCUUUCCUUGGCAAUGGUGACAUUUUAUCCAGAAUCCCAGUGGAAUCCAUAUCAAACAGAACAUCCUGAUGAAAGUCAGAUUUCUUUCAGAUCAGACAAUCACCCAUUAAACAUCUUCAAGAUAACUGACCAAAAAUUACUCUUCAAAGAUAACCAAACUGAUAAGUCUAUUCAGGUGACAACUACAGUAAAAGGCCCUUUCUACUCAGACACUAGAGAUCUUUUGCCUUGGAACCUUGUUCGUAUUGAUGUAAAGCAUCUCAUACGUCAGGUUGAUCACCAUUUUGAAUCCUUUCGUGAUGGCCAUUCCAGAAAGUACAGUCUCCAUUGCAACUCAACAAACAGUCAUCAUUAUGAUGUGUAUCUUCAACGUAAAACUGAUGGUUUCAUUAUUCCCUACGGAGAUGUUCACACUAUAACAUUAAUCACUCUUCUUCGGUCAGGACUUUUACCAAAAAUCCGUCACAAAUUAUACAAGAACUUCCUACAACUACCACUUUAUGAAGAUAUGGCACCAUGGAACAUAGUAUUUUCAGCUGGCCACCUUGAAUACAUUGACUAUGAUACAAGGAACAAAACCUACACCUCCCUUGUGCCUCUGCUCUAUCAGCUCCUUGCUUUAUUGAUGAAUUAUAAACGGACUGUCACAGACUUUGGUCAAUGUAAAGGUAAUAGCAAGACCCAGUUUGGAUUUGGGCUAAUAUCAGACUGUGUUGCAAGUAACUUCUCAGGACCAUGUUUGCCUCAACUGAUAGAAACCUUUGAUUAUGAAUAUUCCUGCUGUGACCAUCCCCUUCUUUAUGGGCCAACCAUCUAG